CCCACAGAUGAUGCUGCUGUGGAAAGAGAUGUUGAUGGAAAUGAGGGAUGAGACAACUGUCCAAGAAUUCACCUUGGAGAGGUUUCCUACUGACCAGUACCUGGGAAAGGUCCUCUUCCUGGUGCACGUGCUGGCAUACCUGGCAUCCAUUGCAGGCAAUGAGCUCAUAGUCACCAUCACUUGUUUUGACUCCCGGCUCCAGACACCUAUGUACUUUUUCCUCAGCAUUUUCUCCUUCUUUCAGUGUUGUUUCACAAGUGCUGUUAUUCGUAAAUUGUUGGUCAUCUUUCUUUUAGGCAAACUUUCUUUUGCUGUCUGUCUCACACAAGCCUUUGUGUUAGUAUUUCUGGGAGCAGCAGGUUUCGUCCUCAUAGUAGUGAUAUCUCUGGACCGAUACUUGGCCAUUUGCAAGCCUCUGCAUUACCUGAUCUUCACAAACCUGAAGACUUGUUUCCUCCUGUUCACAGCCUGCUGUGCUUUGGGCUUCACUCUCAUUUCUGGUUUGGUGGUAAAUGUGUCCCACUUAUCCUUCUGUGGCCCCCAUGUCAUCCCUCACUUCUUCUGUGACCUCGGCCCCCUGAUCCAUCUCUCCUGUUCUGACACCAGAUCAGUUGAAAUGUUGAUCUUCGACCUUGCUUUGUUCGUCAUUUUGACAUCCCUUAUUACAACCAUCAUUGCAUACAGCAACAUAGUAGUCACAAUCAUGGGACUCCCGUCAGCCAAGGAGCGACAGAAAGCUUUCUCCACCUGCUCCUCUCACCUCAUUGUUCUCUCUCUGAUGUACGUCAGCUGUGUCUUUAUAUAUGUGAAACCAAAGCAAGUGAACAGGCUGGAUUCCAGUAAGGAGGCUGGCCCUGUGAACACGGUGGUGACCCUGAUGCUGAACCCUGUCAUCUACACUCUACGGAACAAGCAGGUCCACCAGGCUCUGAGAAAGAUAAUGUGCAGAAUGAAAAUAUCAAGAUAAAAAAAUCAAAUGGUCUUGGAGUGGAUAGCUUCAGAAAACCAUUUGUCUUCAUUUCAGACAAUGUAGUAGUCCACAUAGUUGUAGUGGAAAGUCUGUGGCAGACCUCACUUGAUCUCUGUUUGCUCAUCCCUAGCAAUGAAAGAUCUCUGUUUUCUCAAGGCCAUUUUUCACCUUGGUGAACAUAAAUAUCUUCUCCCUAAAUAUUCCACAUACUGAUGACAUUUGAUUUUAAUUGCAAAAUCCCUUACUAAAUUUUCAUUCUUCCCUCUGAUUUAAACCACGUCUUAAAAUUUCUGAAAUUUAGUAAUUCAUGCUCUUUAUUUUACUGCCAUUUGGCCAUAAACAUUAUUCAACAGAAUU